UUGGUGGGGCAAGUGAAAAUCUGUGAGAUAAAAACUGCUUCACAAAUCUGUAAGUACGAUCUUGACACGUAAGCUCACUUUAUCAGAGCACACAGUUGUGUUAUUUCUGCACAAUACUUACAGCUUAUCUUAUAUAACUGAAUGAUACAGAUAUGUGAACUUAUCUCUACACAACUCUUCUUGAUAGCAUCACUGUGUCGAGUGUUGAAGAAAAUGUUUCUCGCGUGUGUUCAUCUCUGUUUCUGCUUCUGUGGUCUGACUGGUAAGUUAUAAAGUUUUUGUUAUAAAGUUUUUCUUUAUGUUUAUUUUAUUUUCAGUUUAAUCAGUCUGAAUAUGCACAGAUGGAAAAUUGGAUUCAGGUCUGUGAUCUCAUACAGUAUAUAGUUUUUAAUUUCUGUCUCUAUAUUUGUAUUUUCAGGUGUGUUUGGUGAUGAAGUGAAGUCAGUAUCAGUGAUGGAGGGAGAUUCUGUUACUCUACAAAGUAAUAUUAUUAAACUACAGACAGAUGAUCUGAUACUGUGGAAGUUUGGACUUAACAUGACUCUUAUAGCAAGAAUCAAUGGAGUGGCAAAAGAUAUCUCAAUAUAUGAUGAUGUUCUUGAUGGGAGAUUCAGAGACAGACUGCAGGUGAAUGAUCAGACUGGAGAUCUCACCAUCACAGACAUCACAACUCAACACACGGGAGAUUAUAAAAUAAUCAUCAGCGGCAAACAGAAGAUCUCAUAUGUUUUUAAUGUUAUUGUCUAUGCUCGUCUUCCUGUUCCUGUCAUCUCCAGAAACUUUUUACAAUGUUCAAACUGUUCAUUAUUGUGUUCAGUGAUGAAUGUGAGAGAUGUGAGUCUGUCCUGGUACAAAGGAAACAGUUUAUUGUCCAUCAUCAGUGUGUCUGAUCUCAACAUCAGACUCUCUCUACCUCUGGAGGUUGAAUAUCAGGAUAACAACACAUACAGAUGUGUACUCAACAAUACCAACACAAACCAAACUCAACAUCUCAACAUCACUCAUCUCUGUCAGACGUGUUCAGCACUCACCAUUAUUCUGAUCUGUUGUGCUGUUGGAUGUCUGAUGGUUGUGGCUUUAGUUCUGAUCUGCUGCAUCUGCAGGAAACGAAAAAACACAAAACAACAGGGCAAGUGAAAACUACUGCUAAUAUAAUUGUAAUAUAAUGAAAUAUAUACUGUAUCACAUCAAAAGUUUAAGUUUUAUUUGUGUGUCUAUGUUUGUUAAAACAGUUCAGACUGGUGAAGUGGAGAUCACAGAUCCAACAAUCUGUACAACCCGGGCCGGAUUAUCUAUGGACAAGAUUGGGCAAGUGUCCUGGGGCACCAGCACAUAGAGGGGCACCAAAGGACUUCAGACUGUGACCAGAUUUUGAGACAGCGCAAGCAUUUUUACAAGUAGCAUACAUGUGUUGUGCAUGUGCAACGUGUAUAUUUUGAAUUUAUGCAUUAUUUCAUGUUGAAGUAGCGGAUUUAGGCAUGGGCAGCUGUCUAGGGCGGCAUUUUGCAAAGAGGCGGUGGCACAGGGCAGGGCACCCAUGAGAAAAAAAACUUCUAAAUUAAUUCCUAAAAGUCAUACAGUAAUACAGUUAUUUUGGUAAAAAUGUGAAUAGUUGCAUUGCAAGUUGAUAAAAGGUGUGCCUCAAAUAGUUUAAGUCAGGGAAUACAGUUCUAGUAAAUAAAAUUUAAGUCUGGACUGUGGACUGGAUCAUCAAGCAAAUCAAUCUUCCUGAACCAAUGAGACUUUAAA